AUGGAAGGUACUCGGGAGGAUGUUUUCAAAGAAGUCUACCAAUGGCUAGAUGAUCCGACGGCGGAUAGAAACAUUCUUUGGAUCAAAGGCAAUCCUGGCGCAGGAAAAUCCGCAAUGGCAUCGAGUUUGGUUUCUCAGCUAACCCAGGCGGGUCGGCUUGGUGGUUCCUUUUUCUUUCGCCAGGAUGAUGCCUCUUCUAGCGACCCGAUCGCUCUAUGGCGCACUGUGGCAUACGAGCUUGCUCACUUCAACACUGACAUUGCGUCUACCAUCCUUCAGAAUCUGAAGGACCGGCGAGCCGAUCCAAAAAGGCCAGACAUUCAAGAUCAUUUUAAUGCUCUUAUCAAAGCACCUAUAGUAGAUUCUGAGCCUUAUUUCACUAUGCAGCAGGGACGCAGACAUCCGGUCAUUGUCAUUGAUGCGUUAGACGAAUGUGGCAACAAAUCUCAGUACCCACAGCGCAAAGCUUUAAUCGAUACUCUUAUCCAGUGGUCCAAACUUUCCAAGGCACUGAAGUUAAUUAUUACAAGCCGAGAUGAACGUGUUCCGGAGUCUUUGCGUCAGACUUGUCAAGUAGUCGUGCUUCCCACUGGAGACCAAGUGACUGCUGCAGCGCUGGCCGACGUUCGCACAUUCUUCGUCAAUCGUUUCGAUCAGCUAAAGAUGGAUUUCCCCUCUCUGGAGGCUACCGACUGGCCAGGACUGUCAGCUAUCGAAAAGCUGACAACUCGCGCGGCAGGCCUAUUCAUUUGGGCGGAGACUGUUAUGCGAUUCAUCGAACAAGGUUUUCCAGAGGAACAGCUAGAGUCUAUACUCUCCGGUGAUUCUAUGAUAGUACGCGAUCAUAUCAAUGGUCUCUAUCGUCAACUCGUUACUCAUGCCUUAGGGAGCCUUCAAAUGAAUGAAGCGAGUAAAGCCGUGUUUCAGCCGCUACUUGGGGCGAUCAUUUUCUCAAAGACUCCCUUGCCACGCAAACAUCUCAAACACUUUAUCCUCUUAUCUGUCAAGGAAAGCGCGAUUGACCUGGUACUAGAAAGGUUAAAAUCGGUAAUCUCAACUGGUGAUGACGGACUGGUUCGUAUUGGCCACUUGUCAUUCGCAGAAUUUCUCUUGCAGUCGGAAUUAUGUCCUGACCCACUUCGUAUCGAUCCUAGCACAAGAGGCAGUAAAAAUCUGGACCUCCUGCGUGCAUGCUUGAAGAUUAUGCAUGAUCCAGAUCACGGUCUGAAAUUCAAUAUCUGUGGACUGGAGACAUCUUAUAUCCGCAAUCGCGACGUCAAGGAUAUGUUCGAGCGCAUCAGGAAGCAUAUAGGCUUACACCUGAUCUAUGCGUGUCGGUUUUGGCCAGAUCAUCUAAUGGAUGCCCUGGAGUGCAUACCAGGCUGUGACUGGAUUUUGUCGCUGCUUGCAACGCUUUUCAAUACCCAUUUUCUUCACUGGCUUGAAGUAAUUAGCUUGGUUUACGAUACAUCAAUCGCGUCAGUGCUACUUCGCAGCGUAACCCCACAUCUUAGGGUUGUCAGUGUGGAUCUGGAAAAGUUUGCGCAAGAUGCACGGCUAUUCAUCGUCAACUUCAAUGAUCCUAUUUCGCAGAGCUUGCCUCACAUUUACUUAUCUGCUCUGCCUUUUGCACCUAGGGAAUCUCUGGUAUCUAGGAUAUAUCUCCCCAGGUUUCAUAAGUUGUUGUCUGUGGCUGGCAAGGAAAAGAAAUGGCCGUCUGUUACAAGCGUCCUUUCAGGUCAUACAGGCGCGGUCAGAUCUGUUGCAUUUUCGCCAGACGGAAGACUAGUGGCUUCAGGCUCUAAUGACUAUACAGUCGGGAUAUGGGAUAUAUCUACUGGUCAGAUGAUUAUGAGCCAUUUGCGAGGCCACACCAAUAUGGUCAAUACUGUUGCGUUUUCGCCAGAUGGAAAGCGAUUGGCUUCGGGCUCUCAUGAUAAAUCCCUCAGAAUCUGGGAUGUAGCCAACGGUGACAUGGUGGUGGGACCGCUUUUUAGUCACAUGGAAGGCAUAACGAGUGUUGCGUUCUCGCCAGAUGGCAAGCUGGUGGCAUCUGGCUCUGAUGACUACACCAUUAGGGUAUGGAAUGCAACCUCCGCCCAGAUGGUAAUGCUGCCAUUGCAACAUCGUCAAUCUAUCACUUCAGUUGUAUUUUCACCGAAUGGAAAGCUAUUGGCUUCAAGCUGUUUUAAUGGGACGGUGACAAUAUGGGAUGCAACCACUGGACAGAUUGCCAUACAACCAGAUACGCAGCAUUUAUCAAGCAUUAAUUCUAUUGCAUUCUCACCAGACGGAAAGUGGAUAGCAUCGGGUUCUUCUGAUAAAAUAAUCAGGAUCUAUGACGUAUCCUCAGGCCAACUGGUAGCAGGUCCAUUCCAAGGCCACACUAUGUGGAUCAGCUCUAUUUCAUUUUCGCCAGAUGGAAGGCAGUUGGCUUCUGGCUCACGAGAUCAAACAGUCAGGAUUUGGGAUGUAGCAAGUGGUCGGAUGAUAGGCAGCCCAUUUCAAGGCCAUAGUGCAUGGGUCAGUUCUGUUGCAUUUUCACCAGAUGGGAAACAAGUAGUUUCUGGCUCCGGUGACAACACCAUGAGGGUAUGGGAUGUAAUGACUGUUGGCGAGACAGCGAAAAGCACAGCUCAGAAACAUUAUAAAUGGGUCAAUUCUAUUGCAUUCUCCCCAGAUGGGAAGCACCUAGCCUCAGCCUCAGGUGAUCAGACAAUCAGGAUCUGGGAUAAAGUUACUGGUCAGAUUGUAAGGGGCCCAUUGCAAGGACAUACCAAACAAGUCAGCUCAGUUGCUUACUCGCCAAACGGAAAAUUACUGGCAUCAGGGUCCCAUGAUGAAACCAUCAGGAUCUGGGAUAUAACUUCCGGCCAAAUGGUAGCUGGCCCAAUCCAAGCCCAUACUGCCAGAAUAAACUGUGUGACAUUCUCCCCAGAUGGGAAAAUAAUAGCAUCAAGCUCUGGUGAUCAGGCAAUCAAAAUUUGGGAUGUAGUAACUGUUCAGUUGGUGGCAGAUCCAUUUCAGGGGCAUACUGAUGAGGUCAACAAUAUUUCAUUUUCCCCUGAUGGAAAGCAACUAGCAUCCAGUUCUAAUGACAAAACAAUAAUGAUAUGGGACGUAGCCUCUGGCCAGAUGGUGGGAGGCCCAUUUCGAGGACAUAGUCAAUUGGUUAGUUCUGUAUCAUUCUCACCAAACGGAAAGCAGUUAGCUUCCUGUUCUGGUGAUAAAUCCAUCAAGGUCUGGGAUGUGGUCACCGGUGUAAUUGUGCUAAUCGUCAGGCCGUACAACCAAGUGGAGUCACCGUCUUCUUCAGGCUGGGUGUCUUUUGCGGUCAGUCCUGAAUUUCCUUUUGACCAAAAUCUUUUGUACUGGGUGCCGCUUGUACACCGCCAAAAUUGGUGCGACUUUCGUACUAGAAGGCUCAUCGGCGCACCUGAGACACGUAUUUCAUAUGACCGAUUCGUCCAUGGUUCUAAUUGGAUGACAUGUCAAGGUUAG